AUGACAGCGCCAGUUAGCACAGCCUACCAACGCGAGGACGUCACCUUCGCCUCCGGCCCCGGCUCCGAUCGCUGCGCCGCCUGGGUGUAUCGCCCAACUGGACCCCCUCUUGCUUCCGCUGAUGGUAAUGCCACCCCUGGCAAGUACCCAGCUAUCGUGCUAGGCCACGGCAUUGGCGGCAUAAGAGAGUACGGGCUGGAUCGAUAUGCCGCUCGCUUCUCAGAGCAAGGCAUCGUAUGUGUCGCUUUCGACUACCGCCAUUUCGGAGGAAGCACAGGCCAGCCUCGCCAGCUUCUCGAUAUCAGCUUGCAGCAGGAGGAUUGGAAGGCGGCUAUCAACUACACCAAGAAUCUCGAAGGUGUUGACGAAACAAGGGUCGGCAUCUUCGGCAGCAGCUUUGGUGGAGGCCACGUUACCUACAUUGGUAGCUACGAUCCUAGCAUCAAAGCAAUCAUUGCGCAGUGCCCGUUCACAUCUGGUUUUCACUCGAGCCGCACCGUCGGCUUUUUGCCGCUCUUCAAGCUGGCCGCUCUCGGGAUCAGGGAUCUCUUCUCGACCGGAAAUAACAUCGUGCCCGUGCUGCUCGCAGGCGAACCCGGCUCAGCUGCGUUGAUGAACUCGCCCGAAGCCAUGGACUACAGACUCAUCGUCCCUGAAGAACGCCUAGAGACAGAUCCCAAGUAUGUUGCCGCACGCUUCGCUCUCCACAUCGGCUUCUACAACCCGGGCUGGCGCACCUCGUACAUCAAAAGUCCCAUCCUCUUUGGCAUCUGCGGCAAGGAUUCCGUUGCGCCGCCUGGACCUACGCUCAAGUACGCCAAGAACGCGCCGAACAGCACAGUCAAGCUUUACGAAGAAAUGGGGCACUUUGACAUCUACGUCGGAGAAGCAUUUGAGCGAGCCACCGCCGACUACUGCGACUUCCUCCGCGCCAAGCUCUAG